GGAGGGCAGCUGUGACCGCGGUACCUUGAGAUGAGGAAUUAAGAGUUUCACAGAUUUUCCACUGUCAGUGACUGAAGUUGUAAAACCAGCAGCCCAGUCACAAUGUGGAAAACCGGAGGAUCAAAAAGCUCCUUCAGCCCAGCCGGACCUGUUGCGGUCACCUGUCUGGUUGUCACCGGGAUGCUCGUCGUCGCUGUGGGACACCCGAGCAGUCCGGGGCAGGAUGUGGCUCAUCACCGCUGGGUGUGCAAAGGCACAACCAGCAGAGGCUCCGGGGGGACAGUUUUCUCGGCGUAUAUCAAAAGACUGGCCCGGGAGAGGAGAGCAAUAAGCGCCCCCCGGCAGGCCGGGCCUCCCCCUGGGCCGGUGCGGGAGCAGCUCUCCCCGGCAGACCUGUUCAUAGCUGUGAAAACCACCGGGAAAUAUCACCGGCAGAGACUGGACCUCCUGCUGGAGACGUGGAUCUCCAGAAACAUGCAACAGACAUAUGUGUUCACUGAUGGAGAAGAUGAGAAACUGAGGAAAAGAAUGGGAGCUCACCUGAUCAACACAAACUGCUCAGUGACACACAAUCGCCAGGCACUCUCCUGCAAGAUGGCCCAGGAAUAUGACACCUUUAUCAACUCUGGCAAGAAGUGGUUCUGCCACGUUGACGAUGAUAACUACGUGAAUGUCGACUCCCUGGUGAAGCUCUUGUCUCAGUACAGCCACACACAUGAUGUGUACAUUGGCCGGCCCAGCCUUGAACGACCAAUAGAGGCCACAGAGAGGCUCGGAACCGCCCACAUGAAGCAGGUGAGUUUCUGGUUCGCCACAGGGGGAGCAGGAUUCUGUCUGAGCCGUGGCCUCGCUCUCAAGAUGAGUCCCUGGGCCAGUGAUGGCACUUUCAUGGCAACAGCUGAGCUCAUUCGCCUCCCUGACGACUGCACUGUUGGCUACAUCGUUGAGGCGCUGCUCGGGGUGAGCCUCAUCCGCUCAGCGCUGUUCCACUCACACCUAGAGAACCUUGGACUGGUGUCAGAUAUACGCAACCAGGUGACACUCAGCUAUGGCACCGUAGAAAACAUCAAAAACACUGUCCACCUGAGAGGACCCUUUUCAACAAAUGAAGAUCCUACAAGGUUCAAGUCUGUCCAUUGUGUGCUGUACCCAGACACACCUUGGUGCCCCAGCUUCUAGAGGCUGUGACACCCUUUCAGAGACACAGAUGGACGGAGGGACUGAUGGAGGAAUGAGAAGAAAAGGCAAAUGUCCGACUAGACUCCCUUUUCUCUCAUGGAGGAGAAAAUCCAGAAAUAAAGGGAUGCUGCCCCCUGCUCUACUUUAAUUGCCACCUUGUCCCACAGCGGUCUGACCGAUAGGCGGUCUGCUAAGGAAGGAAUCAUAUUUGAUUGGUUUGAUUUGGUUGUGUUGACACCUGAACCUUGACCCUGUGAAUGGUUGUUUGGUGUCAAAGGGUCAAAAACUGCAACAAGAAGAGAGAAGUAACACUGUGUUGUUCAUUUUUAGAGGGCAUCCUACCUUCCUUUAGCCACAUUAAUUGUGUCAGGGACUACAAAGACAGAGGAGAACACAGCAUGGCAGAGUGACCUGGAUGAAGAGUUUGGUCCAUCCAAAAUGCAUAAGACUGUGAAGUGCUGCUGUUAUAGUUCUGGCCUGUUGGCAGCUGUCUGUCUCUGUCUUUUUCUUAAAGCUAGACUGGCAUUACUGCAGUUGCUCCUGCACGCCAGGAGCUUGCCCUUACCUGCUUGUGCUGCAUGUGAAUCUCUUUUUCUCCUUCCCUGCACAUUCCUGUGUCCUGUCCCCACUUUCUAAGCUGUGAAAGAUUAUGCUUUUGAAUGUAUGUAAAUAUGCAUCCCCGCUGCCCAUCCAUUAUUGAUAUCAUUAUUCAGGAUGGAUAACAAGGUAAACAAGGACUGGGGGGAUUUUGGUGAGGAUACUGCCAUUACCACAGUAUAGAUUCCAGGCUGUGCCAUUAAUGUUAUAUUUUGUCAUGAAUUUCAGUAUUAACCUUUACUGGUACCCCUUUCCAGAGGUGUACUUCUGUGAACGAGCACUUUGUGGUCUUAUUUCUGCAGCUGGCAAUUCAUCAUAUGAUAAAAGACCUGCUGCAGUUAGAGAAACAUUCCACUCUGAAGCUAUUAGGCACAGCUCUGCAUGGACCAGCACAGAUAUUCAGGACUCAUCCAAAGAUCAUUAAGUCUCUGUCAAGAAAUAUUGUUGAAAAAAAAAAAAGAUAUCAGUGGUUGUAAUCUAUUUUUUCAGCAGGCACAAUUUAUGUUUCCAUCAUUAACAAGUGAGUGGAUUAUUGCUCUGAAUGUAAUCUGCUUUAAAAAUGCUAUAACGAUAUCCCAUACGAUGUUUUAUUGGGAAGUGACUCAUGUUGGGUCGGAUUCUGCUACAUGUAAAGCAGUUUUUGCAACUGUGUCUCAAUGUAAUAUCGUCUUGUAUUUUGAAACCAAAGUUUUUAAGUUAAAUUCUGUCCCUCAUUAAAUGAGUCCGGGAUGAACCACUGCUCCUGAAGUGUACAUGCUCUCUCCAGUAUCUGGACUGUUUAUAGCAACUGUAUUUGAAGUAAUAAAAGCUGUUUUUUUUAUAUA